GUCAAUUCUUUCGAGCAGCUAUGCAUCAAUUACACUAACGAAAAGUUGCAACAACUGUUCAACCAUACUAUGUUCAUUCUGGAACAAGAAGAAUACAAUCGUGAAGGUAUCAAGUGGGAGUUCAUCGAUUUCGGUUUGGAUUUACAGCCUACCAUUGACCUAAUUGAAAAGCCUCUCGGUAUCCUCGCUCUUCUGGACGAAGAAUGCUUCUUCCCCAAGGCCACUGACAAAUCGUUUGUCGAGAAACUGCUCAAGACUCAGGAAGGUCAUCCUAAAAUGUGUAAACCGGAAUUUCGCUCCUCGGCUGAUUUCGGUGUGAUCCACUAUGCCGGUCGUGUGGAUUACAUUGCUGCCGGAUGGUUAACUAAGAACAUGGAUCCUCUGAACGAUAAUGUGGUUGCCUUAAUGCAAGCAUCAAACGAUUCUCUGGUCCAGGAUAUAUGGAAGGACGCAGAAAUUGUGAGUAUGUCAGCCGCCGCCAAUACAGACACAGCCUUUGGUGCGAUUCGAGGUGUUCGAAAAGGCAUGCUGCGCACAGUCAGCCAACUGUACAAAGAAUCCCUUGUCCGUUUAAUGGGUGUUCUAAAGAACACUUCCCCAAGCUUUGUGCGUUGCAUCAUUCCCAAUCACGAGAAGCGUCCGGGUCGCAUCGAUGCACCGUUGGUACUAGAUCAGCUCAAAUGUAACGGUGUGCUAGAAGGUAUCCGCAUCUGUCGCCAAGGUUUCCCGUCUCGCGUCUUGUUCCAAGAAUUCCGACAACGCUACGAGAUUCUCACUCCAAACAUCAUCUCUAAGGGAUUCAUGGAUGGUCGAAAGGCCGUAAUGAAAAUGCUGGAAGUGCUUGAGCUAAACUCCGGCCUAUAUCGCAUUGGUCAUAGCAAAAUCUUUUUCAAAGCCGGUGUUCUUGCCCAAUUGGAGGAAGAUCGUGACAUUCAUCUAACAGAUAUCAUCAUUCGAUUCCAAGCUCGUGCUCGCGGUUAUCUAGCUCGCAAGUGA